CAGGAGCUCAAGGACGGGCUCCAGCACGUGCUCGCCGCCUCGCGGGAGAAGAGCGCGUUGCUGAAGACAAGCGUGGCGGCGUUCGAGACGGAGUGCGGCUUCGUGAACGGCCAGCUGAAGCUGUUGCCGGAGGACGCCGCGGGCCGCGAGCGGAUGGGCCAGCUCUCGGCCAGCCUCCGGGAGGAGGCGGAGGAGUGCAAGGCGGUCCUGCAGAAGGCCACGGAGCAGUGCGAGCGCACGCAAAAGUACUUCAGCAUCUCCGAGAAGGCAGCGGCGAACCUGCCGCCGUGCGAGCAGUUCUUCGGCCACAUCGCCGCCUUCCUGGACCAGCUGUCGGCGGCGUGGCUGGACAUCUCGGAAGAACCCCGCGAAGUGGCAGCAGUUCGGCGUCACGGCACCGGACAGAG